UAGGUUUUAGUUUUAUCAAAUCUGGCAACACUUGUAGAAGAACUGUUAAGUCAUUCUAGAAUGUUCAGUUGUAUGUAGUUAGGCAGUUGUGACCAAGACAGCGUGUACAGCGGAUCGAAAUAAAAUACUUCGUAGGAAGUUCGGGUGUUUUUCUUAAUAAGUCCGAUACUUAUUACAUGGUGUCAGAAGUAAAGGACCGGUCGUGAAAACGUGGAAAUAUCGGGGAAAGUGUCGUGAAAAUACGGUGCAAAAGCGAAAAUCUUGAACAUUCAGUAGUCGCAGUUGGCGUGGACUUUGUACGAAGUCGCAAAGAAGCGGAAAAAGUCGUGGUACACAUGUACAGUCGCGAAUCAUAUCGGUGAUUAGUGUGUGUGGUUCUCGAAAAUUCGGAGGGGUCAACGUGAGACGUGAGAGAAGAGCGCUUAGUGAGAAAACGAACACUGCAGAAUUCGCGAUCACACUCACACUGUGAUGACCGAAGCGAACUGCCAAAUCGACAAUUGUAAACAUGGCAGGUGGUGUGGAUCGUCUACCACAAUCUUUGGACUGCACAAAUUUGUCGAAAGAGUGGCCACGAUGGAAGCAGAAAUUCAACAUCUACAUGAUUGCAAACAACAAAACUGGUGAAACGGAAAGGAAUAAAAUAGCAACGUUUUUGUGGCUGGUCGGUGAACAUGGCGUAGAAAUCUACAAUACGUUAUUCCCGAACAAUGGUGACGUUGAAAGCAUGUUCGGUGGAGGAGCUGCCGGCGGCAAUGUCGUGAACCAGCCAGUGGGAGGAGCAGCAGCUGCAGCCGUAGGUGGAGUAAACAACCAACCCGCUGCCGGUGUGGUUCCUGUUGCUGGCGGAGGCGCAGUACAACAACGCACACUGGCACAGGUGAUUGAUGCUUUUGACGCUUAUUGUCUCCCGCGGAAAAAUCUGGCAGUCGAGGCGUUCAAGUUCAAUUUGAUCGUGCAGAAGGAGAAGCAACCUUUUGCUGAAUUCGAGACAGCACUCCGGACACAGUUGGCGUACUGCGAGUUCGAAUGUGAAGCCUGCCAAACUUCGUAUGCGGAUCGGAUGUUGCGAGACCGGAUUAUCCUCGGCAUCCAAGAUAAGAAGCUGCAACUCAAAUUGCUGGACGGUAAGAACGAGCCACUUGUGAACAUCAUCAAAAUGUGUAAAGUUUACGAAGCCGCCGCCGAGAAUAAACAGCUGUUGGAACGGAAGGAGGUGCACAACGUAACCGAUAAAUCUACGAAUGGGGAAAGUGAGGUAGCCGCAUUGAAGACGCUGACGUGCUACAAUUGUGGUCAACCGUUCAAUGGACGUCAUCGGCGCUACUGUCCAGCGAUCGACGUGGUUUGCGAUGGAUGCGGACGGCGAGGGCACUUCAAAAGGUACUGCAGAACAACCAAACAUGACAGCAAGAGCGGUGUCCAGUCCGGAGGCAGCAAGGGCAGUGGAACAAUGCGAUCGUCCGGUGGGUCUAAAUACGACACAAAGCAGACAACGAGCAACACUAAUGUGCACAUGGUGAACUGGGCAGAUGCAGAAUAAAUUCGAAUGCAACGUCAAGUGGGGAGGCUCGUGAAAAAUGGACCAAGCGAUAUCUAAUCCAGGACUGGCCGGUGAACUUCAAGCUUGAUACCGGCGCUGACGUUA